CGGAUAUGAAUACGGAAGUGAAACAGUUGUUGUGACCACUUAUGUAAAAUAUUUGAAAAAUUACAGCUCCAGUUGCUGUGGUGUUCAAAAGAUAAAGAAAAAUGCCGCAGCCAAGAUACCAGCAGGACACACCGCCAAAGGUUGCAGCCCUUGAGGCUUUUGAGAACAUGCAAGAACUCCUGGCGGAGUUGGAAGAUUUUGGCGCUUCUCACGAUGAGUUGGAUUUGCUAAAUGAUGUUCUUGGUGAACCAGAGUAUCAGGCUCUUGCUGAGAUAUACGAUAUACUUGGCCUCCAACUGCCCGACCCAGCAGAUGACAGAGGUGAAGAGAACUUGCAUGACGUUUUGGAAAUUAUUUCAGCCCCAGCUUCCCCCAGCAAGAAUGUUACAGAGCUGAAGCAAAUACUACAGAAGCCACAUCUGAUGUCCCUGCUGACUACCCAUGAUUGCGUGGCCAAAAAAAUGUUUGAUGAAGUGUUUGCUGAAGACAUGGAGUUAGCUGCUCCGCCCCCUCCUGUGUUUGAUGCUGUUGGAGAACAACAUAGAUACGUCACCAUCAGGAAAAAUGGCAAGCAGCCACUGGGAAUAACUGUCAAGUUAGAUGAAGAGAAUGUUCCUGUCAUUGCCAGAAUUUUACAGGACAGUUUGGCUGACAAACAAGGUCUACUCCGGGUCGGGGACAUUGUUAAAGAGGUCAACGGGAUCCCUGUCUUUGUCCCAGAGGACAUGAUGAUUGUGCUGAAGGAGGCCGAGAGUUCCAUCACCUUUAAGAUUGUGCCCUCAGCGCUGGACCAGCAGUUCUCAGACCCUGUCUACAUGAGAGCUUGCUUUAAUUAUGAUCCAAUGACUGACAGACUGAUUCCAUGUAAGAAAGCUGGACUGCCAUUUAGAGAGGGGGAUAUAUUGGAUGUAGUGGACAACACAGAUGAAAAUUGGUGGCAGGCCAAGCUGGCAGAGAUCCCCAAUGCCCCUGUUGGUUUGAUCCCAUCCAGGACUUUACAAGAGAAGAGAAGUGCCUAUGUGCAGCCAGAGCUGACUAAGACAAAGACCAGUUUAUUGUGUGGUCUAAAAACCAAAAGAAAGAAGAGAAUAGGCUACAACUCAUCAGAAACUACAGAGUUUGAUCGUUGUGAUAUCAAAGUGUACGAGGAAGUUGAAAGAUCCAAAACUCACAGAAGUACUUUGGUUCUGGUUGGCGCUCAGGGCGUCGGCAAGCGCUCACUGAAAGAACGUCUGAUCAAAGAUAACCCUAGCAAAUAUGGAGCUGCUAUACCACAUACAUCACGUCCUAAGGGUCCUAAUGAGCAGGAUGGUCGUGGUUAUUACUUCAUUGAUGGAGAGACGAUGGAGGCUGAAAUAAAGAAAAACAUGUACAUUGAUCACGGAGAGUUUGGAGGCCAUUUGUACGGUACUCGUCUAUCUACAAUCAAAGAGGUCAUCAGAAGUGGGAAGAUUUGUGUGCUGGACAUUUCAGCCAGGUCCCUCAAGUUCAUCCAGUCUCCUGAUUUCAAACCUUACAUCAUCUUCAUCGCUGCUCCCAGCAUUGAGGCACUCAAAGUCAUGUACAACGAAGGAAAGAAAAUCAAUAACAAUGUGCGGGUUGACAGCAGAUCAGAAUUAUUUUUGGAAGAAAAAUUCAUUCGGACUGUGAAAGAGAGUAAAGAAAUGGAGAAAUUGUACAAGGGCAUGUUUGAUGAGGUCAUCGUCAACGACGACUUUGAGAACACAUAUGGAACCAUUUGCCACCUGAUGGAGGAGAUAGAGAAGCAACAUAAAUGGGUGCCCAUCUCCUGGAAUGAUUAAACUCACCUGUUCUUACGUUGUACCUGACUCACAGUUUGUAUGAUCAACUAGUAGCAUGUCUGCACCUAAUGGGUAAAUCUAUAUGUAGGCCAUGCCCAGGAAUUAUGGGUCACGGUCAGCUUCAUGUAGGUCAUGGUCAUGUCUUAGAAUAAUAUGAUUGAUGGUCUAGGUUAUGUUAGUCAUUUAAGGGUGUAUGGGUCAUGGGGUCAAGUGAACGUAUGUCAUGGUCAAUCUAUGCCUGCUAGUUGAUUAUUUUAGGAUUGUAUGGUAUGGGUUAUUGUCAAGCUAAUGUAGGUCAUGGCUCUGUUAAUGUAGGUCAUAUCUUAGGGUUGUAUGGGUCAUGCAAAUGUAGGUCGUGACCUAGUUUACUAAACAUGAAUGUUGCAACCAUUCCUCUCUAAGGCAGCAAUGAGAUUUUUAUCUGGUCACUGUUAAAAAGUUGACAGGCUUUUUAUUGUUGUCAAAUAAUUUGUUAAUUGCACAUUUGUGUAAUUAAUUACACAGUUAUAAAGCUAGUAUAAAAUGAUUUUUUUUUUUUAUAAUAGUAAAAAUAAAUUUUAAAUCUAGCAUUGUUAACUUGAUGAAAUCCUUUAGUUAAAAAAAAACAUUAUUUACGAGUAAUUGUUUACAGUAGUCAACUGUACCAGUCCAAUUGUUUACCCUGACUGAGAAAUCUGGCCUGGCUGUUUUUACUUUAGUCUAAUGUCACCUGAUGUUAACCUUUAGUAAACACUGGGACUUGUGUGUAACUGUACACUCAACUACUGGGUGUUGAACACACUGGUACUACUAUUUCUACACACAGGUAUUUUAUGUAACUGGGCCCACUGGUAUUUGAUGUGUAACUGUGUACACAAGUGUUGGGUGUGAAAUAUACAAGUGCCACUAUAUGUACACACAGGUAUUUGGUGUACCACUAUUUUAGGGGGAUGGGGGGUGAUCAUCAGAGUUGAACUUUGUAGCCUUUCACAGAAACAUUUUAAAAUAUUUUCUUUAAGAAAAGGACUACAUUUUAAGGAUACAUUUUUUAUUAAAUUCAGAAGGGGUAUGGUGUUUGGAUACAAUUUAUUCAACUUUGUGUAUGUUUGUUAUGUGGUGACAUUCCAAUAUAUUUUAUAUUUUUUCUCACAUUCCAACUACUCAUUCCUGUUAUGUGCUGUUCAUUAUCUCAUUAUUUUUAAUUAUACUUGCCUCGGUACCGCUUUCUUUGGAUAUUCGUCCUACCAGCACUACUUGUAGAAUAGUUAGCUCCCUUAUGCUGGGAUGAACAAGUCAUACACAUUCAAUGUUGUGAUAUUAUCAACAAAUUUUACACCCUUAGGUUGUGAUUAAAGUUAUCUUCCUUAGGUUGUGAUUAAAGUUAACUCCCCUGGGUUGUGAUGAAACAGUUAACUCCCCGAGGUUGUGAGCUGAUGCAUGCUGUGAUUGAUUCAUGACAUUAACUAGGUGAACUUUCCUUUAAUAGCUACCAACCAAAUAAACUUGUAUUGCUCUCGCGAGCCAGUUAUCUCCCAUAUUGUUCACAUGAGCCAAGUUAACUCCCUUCCAGCUUUUGUGAAAUCACACUGAAAGACUGUAAGACCUGUCAAUAUCAAAUGAAAGCAGCUACUAAGGACUUGUAUUUUUUUUAAUGCAGUGUAAAAAUAACCGCGUCACUGUAACAUAGUGGCCUUACAAUAUAAUUCCUCUACAACUGUACAUACAAAUAUGUAUUUGACUCGUAUAAAUUAGUACAACACGUCCUUAUGUAUGCUUGUAUAUUUUAUCUUCUCAUUUAUUGCUGUCAUAAACAUUCCAUUACAAUAAACGAUUGUGGUAAUGA